UUUUUCACUUCGGGCAAACUAUAUCACUGUUUAUAGAUGGAACUUUAUAUAAAUAUUCAAAGCAUUGUGCUAAUAAUAACUUCUAAAUAAUAUAUCUGCUCUUAUAAAUAUUUAUUCGAUUUGUUAUUAUUAUUGGGUAUCAAAUUUGACUAGGAUUUGUGAACUUAGGACACGGCACUGCAACUAAAUUUAGACCAAGAAGACUAGAUACUGUCUUAAGAUUAAAGUUAGCCCAGGCUUAGCUCAGUUGAGGCUCUUAAAUGAGCCAUAAGCUGUAUUUGGAUGGAAAGAAUUAAAUUUAAUUAAGAUAUUCUACAAAAUAACAAAAAAAUGCCAAGUGUUAAUAAAGAAUCAGAUGAUAGUCAAACUUGGGAGUUAGCUGAAAGAUGUUUAUUACCAAUCGCAUUUUCACAUGCAAUUGCAGUAAUUCUAGCAACAAUAUUAAAUAUUUUUGGUAUUUCACAAACAUCUAGUUUUGCAUUGUUCUUACUUUUGUUAGUGAUAUCAGUGAGUUCUACAUUAUUUUAUCACAAUUUAAAGGUUACUGCAGCAGGAAAGGCAGUGCUUGUAACAGGGUGUGAUUCAAGAGUUGGGUAUACUUUGGCUAAACAAUUAGAUGAUUUGGGUUUCACAGUUUUCGCUGGAUUUAAUAAUAAAGAUGACUCUGAAGAAACAAUGAAAAAAUUAAAACAAGAUGCAUCUGGAAGAUUACAUGUGCUGCAACUUGAUGUUACUAGUGAACAUGAUAUACAUUCAAUCUUUCUGUAUGUGAAUGAAAAUUUACCAGAUGAAGCACCAGGAUUAUGGGCAUUAGUGCAUGCAGCAGCAUGGGUAACAUUGGGUGAAUGUGAAUGGAUACCUCCUUUGGUCUUAAAACGAAGUAUAGAUAUUAAUUUUAUUGGUCUUGCCCGAUUAACACAGGUAUUUUUACCAUUGGUGAGAAGGUCAAGAGGACGAGUUGUAAUAGUUAGUAGUCUCUUAGCUCGCAUACCGAGUCCUGUAAGAGGCAUUUAUUGCGCAGUUAAGGCUGCUAUUGAAGCAUGGGGUUCUUGUCUUCGAUUAGAAAUGCGAAGAUGGGGAGUUGAUGUAGUGAUUGUAGAAACAGGAGAAUACAUAUCUGGUAAUGCUUGGUUAAAAGACAAUAAUUCAUUGCUAGAACAAGCUCGAGAUAUGUGGAUGCAACUUGACCCUCAAACACGUAAAGAAUACGGAGAAGAAUUAUUCCAGAAAGAAAUGCUAGCUCUUGAAAAAUAUACACAAGGACCUGAAGCAGACUUAACAUCUGUUACUAGAGCUUUGACAGAUAGUGUAUUGAAAACAUUUCCAAUGCAAAGGUAUGCUCCUGUAUCACGUCAAGAACGAAUGCAUGCUUUAUGCAGUGAUUAUCUUCCAAAACCAAUUUAUGAUAUUUUAUACACUAAUUAUUAAUGAGCCUUAUCAUAUUGUGUUCACCUACAGAAUUACUUCAAAAUUAUAUCCAAAUGCUUUUUGUAUACAUUCGAAGUUACACCAAUAAGCUUUAUUAGCAAGAGAUGUCAUAUGAUUAUUUUAAACCUAGAACACUGCCUAUUUAGAUGAAAACAGUUUUAAGAUAUCCAUGUUUUUUAAUUAUCGUUUAUUGUAAUUAAUGGUCUCAGUGAGCGAUUAUAUGUAAUGAGUUGAUUGUGGUGGUUUGUACCAAAACACAAAAAAUUACAAAUGUAACCUAAUAAAAUAUAUAGAACAAUGUAUCACACA